AUGGCAGAUUUCGAAACCCUCCUCGCGCGUGCCACGGACAAGAACGCUCCAACCCUCCACGGCGCCAUCUUCAAGGGCGUCGACAAGCACGGCCAGGAAAUCUACAGCAAAAUCGCCGGCCACGCCUCCCUCCCCUCUCCCAGCAACCCCGACCCGCCAGUGCUCCAGGAAGACGCCGUCUUCAAGGCCGCCAGCAGCACAAAGCUCUUCGCCAGCGUCGCCCUGCUCCAGUGCGUCGACAGGGGUCUGAUCGGCCUCGACGACCCGGUCUCCUCGGUCCUCCCGGAGCUCGCCCACCCACAGAUCAUCACUGGCAUCUCCCCAGACACCGGUGCUGCACAAUACACUCCCGCCACACAGCCAAUCACCCCGCGGCACCUGCUCACCCACACCUCCGGCCUCGGGUACUGGUUCCUCCACCCUCUACUCAUGAAAUGGGCCACCACGACCCCGGAGGGCAAGAAGAGCCGCGAGUCGCUCCUCGUGCACGAGCGGCAUGCGAUCCCGCUCCUGUUUGAGCCCGGAGGACAGGGACAAGGACAAGAAGAAAGCCCGGGGGGCUGGAUGUACGGCGUCGGCCUGGACUGGGCGGGCUGCCUGGUGCGCAGGCUGCACGGGAACAUGUCGCUCGAGGACUACAUGAUUGAGAACAUCUGGAAGCCCCUGGGAUUGCAGGCGCCGUACCCCACGUUCUGCAUCUCAAAGAAGGGCGAGGAUGGGGAUGAGUACAGACGUCGGCUGAUGGGUGGUGCGGAGAGAUAUACCUUCUGGCAGGGCGACAAUGCGCAGGACCAGGACGGCGGGCACGGGCUGUGCCUGACGACGAGGGAUUUCGUGGCCGUGCUGGCGGACCUGGUCGCCGACGAGCCUAAACUGCUGAGCCGGGAGAUGGUGCAGGAGAUGUUCACACCCCAGCUGGCUCCAGGGUCUGCGGCGCAGAAGUCCCUCGCCGGCUUGCGCGUGGUGUGCGACACGGUUGCCGGGCCCGAUGUCGAUGCGGACGCCGUCAACCACGGCCUGGGCGGGCUGUUGGUCACAAAGGAGUCGCCGGUUAGUGGUCAGCCUGCCGGGACGCUGGCGUGGGGCGGUGCGGCCAACACGAUCUGGUUCGCAUGCAGAGACAAGGGCGUCGCCGGGUUCAUGACGACGCAGGUGCAUCCGUUUGGAGACCAGCAGGUGCACGAACUUGUCGAGGCGUGGAGGAAGGAGUUUUGGGCCACGCCGCAGCUGGGUUGA